CAGGCAAAAAAGAAGAAAAUACAAGCAAAGCUGUUAUCAGAAUUAGUCAUCUUCUAUCUAAGUGUAUCACAAUAAUCAUAAAAUUUAUCUAGUUGACUGACUGCAGGAACACUAACAUUGCUUCAGAAUUUUUGUGCUGGUUUGCGCUCAUGGAACGGUUAGGCAGACUGCGUGACCACAAUAUUGACAUUGAUAGGGCAAUUGCCCUUUCAUUAGCUGAGGAAGAAGAAAAGCAGGUAGUGAAAGAGUUACAGGAAGAAGAAGAGGAGUUUUUGGUGGCAGUGACUUGUCUCCAGACUCAAGAGGAGCUGAAGAAAGAAGAAAAUGCAUUGACAGAACUGCUGAACCAAGAGGAGACUCAAGUAGAGAUAGCGAUGGCUUUGUCACAAGCAGAUUUCUAUGAGGAAAGUUUCUCAGAUAUCUCUACAGAUGACUUGGAAUCUAUUUUUAACGAAGUUGUGCAUCUUAAUCCUGAAACUUUUCCCACUGAGAAUGAACCACUGGCUGAGAUAUACAGAAAUUACCGUGUAGUGCCUACGUUCUUCACAGAAACACAGAUGUGGCCACUUAGUGCUAUCAAUCGGCAAAAGCAGGAUCUAGCACAGUGUCUCGGUGGUAGAGAGAAGGUCACAGUGUGGCAAAACAACAUGUGUGAAAGUCACAGGUGCCUCAUUUGCCUUACAAAUGUCGGAACAAGGUUUGCCUCACCUUGUGGGCACCGGUUGUGUUGUCCCACAUGUUUGCCAGAACUAGUCAACAAGUGCCAAUUUUAUUCUGUGACAGCCCCCAAUGGGGAAGUGGUCGCUACAGACCGUAGGAUUCCUCUUCAGUGCUUUACUUGCCGUGCCAUCAUUGGGCAUACUGUUGUUCCUAUAUUAGUCUAAUUGGACCGACACAAACUUGACAUUACCUACUGAACGGUAGCAGUCACUUCUGUUGUAAGUUCUUGAAAUGUAAUUUUCAUGUAUGUAAAUGAGAAAUCAAAUGAGAAAAUGAGCUAUCCUCUAAAACCUUAUUUUACUUUGAAAGUACAGAAGAUCUUCAAUCAACCACAGCAUGGUAUAAAGUAAGAAAGGGAAGAUCAUAAGAACUGUGUUAAUUUUUAAAUUGAGAAACGAAUAAAAUUUCAAUAAUUAUAAAUUGGAACUAGACCCAAAUGAAUUCCCAAUUAAAAUUGGUUUUGAUUUAUUAAAAAUUGAAUACUUCAGAUAUUUUUUAUGCAAAUUCUUUUGAACCCAGCUAUUAGAUCAUUACCUGUACAUUGUCUAAUCUGACAGAGUAAUAGUGUAUAAAAAAUGGAAUCCAAUACAGGUAAUCAGUAUACCUUAAUUCAAUUACUAGAAUUAAUAAAAUACUUACAGUAAUUAUUUGAAUUUAUUUUUAAAAUAUUUGUACUAGCUUCAAUUUUUUUCAUGCUGUUUAAAUUACUGUACAAAAUGGCGAUAUUAUCAUAGAGCUUUACUAAAAGAGGAAAUUGGCAGACCUAAGCCUUCCAUAAAGUUCAACCUACAAGUUUUUGACAAAGGUGAAGGAAAUAUACAGCACUGAAGAGGCUGGAUGUUGGUUUUUGUAAUCUUGAUGUCUAAAAUUUUCUGUUAGUCACUAGUUAUCUGCACAAGGAACUUCAAGAAUUCUAAUUUGUAACAUUCAUUAAGGUAUAACCACAAAGCUAUCACUUAAUCUUGCAUUCAUGUUCAAACCAUAAAUUUCUUUAGAAUCACAUAAUUAGACAUUUGACUGUCCAAUAUGUGUUUUAAUGUGAUCCCUUUAUUGGCUGUUAUUUGUACCCAUAAGAUAGGCUAAAUUAACAAGUUAAUAUUUGCCAGAUCAAUUUGUGAUUUAAAAUUUUGGUUCCCUCUGUACUUCUAAGUACACAGUGGUAUUUUAAAGUGGUGUGUUCGUACAUUUUUAGCCCGCUAUCAAUUUUUAUCAGUAAAUAGUUUGGAGAUUUUUGAAAACUUUCUACAUUAUACUAAAAGUUCAUUUUUAUUUAUUUUCAAGUUGUUUGUAGCUUAGCUCAUUUUCUCCUGACACUUGUGUGAUUAAUCAUUUGUUGUUAAAGAUGAAAACUUGUAAAGUUUUUGAAAGAAGGCAUUUAAUGCAUUUAAUUGUGUGUAUUUUUACAAAUUGUGUAUUAUUAUGCUAAACUAGGCUAAUCAGGAAAUGUGUUAUUAAACAAAAUCUAUGUUGAUACACCUUAUUACUAAUAUUCACUAUAUAAUUAGAUUGUAUAGUAGAAGCUCAAGGUACAAUUUUAGUCAUCAAAUACCUGUGGUGGACAUUAUUCUAUUUCUGCCUAUAUAUGUUUGUUGAUAGUUUUUUUGAUGAUUUCAACAUAUAAAAUGAUAUUUUGUAACAACAUUUUCCUAUUAAAUAUACAUUAUAUACCCUACUAUGUUUUUAUAUAGGCUUAUGGAUAAAACAAUAUUUAGAGUGUAUAGUGUAUAUUGCAGCGUUAAGUAAAUUAACAUUAUUAAUAUAAUCAAAAUAAUACAAUUGACUGUGACCAAGAUGUGAUAUUAUGUGGUAAAACAUGAUAACCAUUCUUAAAGCUUUAUGUGAAUAUUUUUAAUAUACCUUAUUACAAUCACAGUGCUGUAAAACACGUAUUCAGAGCCUUCACAAUCAAUUUUGUACUAUUAAAUAGGUUAAGUAAUGUUGCGUGUUAAAUUUGUGUUAUACAACUUAAAAGAUUUUGUUUAUAUCUUUUUUACCACAAUGUGUCCCGAGUUUCCACCACUUAUUUCAAUGGCACUACACUGGCUAUACCAGUGUUGAAGGUUCAUUAGACUUGGUUUGUUUUAUGUUCUUUCAUUGAAAUGUAAUUCAUGGAUUCAAUUCAUGUUUUAUAAAAUUAUAUUCAGGUUAUAAACUGUUGUAAUUUUAAUAAAAUGUGUUUUACUAUGUUA